UCCGCCAAAAUCAGAAAAUCUUCUUCUUAAUGCACUAAUAUUUUCAAUUUCCUCAAAAAAAUCUUCUUCUUAAUUCCAAAUUUAUUGAUCCCUGGAUUUCGAAUCACACAAUUUAAAUUUCCUCUCUUAAUCCUUGUUAAUUAUCUGUUUCAACAAUCAACAUUUUAAAUCAAAGCCUCUACUCUGAAUUGUUUUCUUCUUAUAUAUCACUUAGAUCAAGAAAUGGAGAAAAACACUAGCUGUUUUUUCUCCAAUUCAUCUCCAAAUCUUGUAAUCACUUGUUUCGUCGCCUUCAUUACCAUCAUAUUGGUUCGAUUUCUUUACGUUAUUUACCGAACCGGCAAGCCGCUAAACAAAAGAACACCGCAGCAGACUCUCAGCACUCUCAUUGUUUUAGGUUCAGGAGGACACACAGCGGAGAUGAUUAAUCUCUUAUUAGUUUUACAAAAGGAUCGAUUUACGCCGAGGUUUUAUAUCGCCGCCGCUACUGAUAAUAUGAGUCUUCAGAAAGCUCGCGUGUUUGAGAAUUCUUUGGCUGAUUCGGGUGUCAAGGGAAUCUCUGCAGAGUUUAUGCAAAUCUAUAGAAGCAGGGAAGUUGGUCAAUCAUAUGUAACUUCUGUCUGGACAACUUUAGUUGCUACGGCUCAUGCAUUGUGGCUAAUGAUUAAAAUCAGACCUCAAGUGUUGCAGGUUCUUUGCAAUGGCCCUGGUACUUGUAUUCCUCUAUGUGUAAUUGCUUUCAUUUUCAAGGUUGUUGGGAUUAGAUGGUCAUCCAUAUUUUAUGUUGAGAGCAUUGCAAGAGUAAAAAGGCUCUCUUUAAGUGGUCUGUUGCUUUACAAGUUACAGAUUGCAGAUCAGUUCUUUGUGCAAUGGCCACAACUGCAGAGAAAAUACCCUCGAGCUCAUUAUGUUGGUUGCCUGAUGUAGUGAAUUAAGUCUGCUGCUGAUGGACUCUCGGUCAUCAAGAUAAUGCUGGUAGACAUGUGAAAGAUAACAGCUAGGAUCGGAAUAACAUCUUCCAAUGGUGACACCCUGCCAUAGUAUGCACAUCCAUACUAAAGCCAUGAUAUAUGAUGUCUUUCCUAGUUCAUGUUCUUCCAUUUCUCCCUUUAGACUUUUCCAUUCUCCGGUAACAAAAAGUCCCAGCAUGAUUGCACUUGAUGCGACUAGUGACUGAUAAAACGAUUCCCUUUUUAUGACCUUCUGAAAGCAGAAAUGCGUCAGAGAAAGGUACAACCCGUUUCCUGCUGAUGCAACAAUGGUGCAUAUGAACCCGAUCACGCUCUUCCCUCUUGAAACUCCAUUUGGAGUUGACGAGUCUUCAUGAGACACGAGAAGGAUUAGAGAAUUGAUUACGGAAGGGGUGAACUUUUGUGAAUAUGAGUGAAUAUUUAGACACGGGAAGGUAUCACAACCCCAUCGAGUAAAGAAAGCAGUAUGUUGCUACAAGUAGGCCAAUGGAGACAUAAAUCGACGCGAGAACCAGGGUGGAUGGUGGGGGAACUGUGCCAGAAUUGGUUGCAGUCGGAGUUUUUGAGAGACGAGAAGCAAUAGUAAGAAUGAGAAUAGGGAAAGCCUGCGAGUUGCAUAAGUGUUGCUAACCAUUGGCUCUUUCCACCUUUCUCAUAGUACAGUCUUCCCAACAACAUAGCGAUUGACUGGCCAGAAAGCCCGAAGAGUACAUACAAACCUAUCCGUACCCAAUGUUUAUAGUUUUUGGGCGCUAUUGAUGAUGGGUUUGUUGAAACCAUAGUUUGUUCCUUCGAGUCCGUUCUUCAUUCUCCAGAACUGGUAAGAAAAUCGCACAAAGGAAUUCACUUAUGAUGCCUACAUCGGUGUUUUUGAGGUAGAAGUAUCGUGGAGGUUCCUAUGUUAGGAGGUGGAUUCUAUUUGCUCCUAUUCAAAAAAAAGAGUAAAUAAAGUAUUGUAUAUUAGAUUAAAGAGUAAAUUGGUUCAGGUAAAAAAUUCAUUCAUUUUCUUUGUUAAAAAUUGGUCCCGGUACGUCAACAUCAUAUCCAAUUUUUAAUAUAAGAAAUUAAUUAUUACUGAACCGUACUAAAUCGGUUCAGAUUUUGGUUUCUCUAUUGUUUUUGGGCUUUAAGCUUUUGGACUUUAUUAAAACAAAAUUGUCUUUAGAUUUGAACUUUUCAAUUUUAAUUAAAUAAAAUUAUCUUUGUUUUAUGUUUCUUAGA